CAGACUUCCAGCUCCGACCCCGUUAGAGAUAUUUCUGUCUCUCUCUCACACACUCGCACACACAUGCGCGAUUGUGCGCGCACACGAUCUUUCCUGCCCCUCAUCUCUGAAAUUUAUUUACACAAUUCGGUAAAAUCAAAGAAACUCCUCAGAGUUUUCCCCAGAUCAUUAUAUAAAAGCAUUUUAGCACUAUAAAACAGAAGGCUGGACAGAUUCAGACAUCACUGGGUGUUUUCCUCCCUACACACGGAGCCAUAGCUUCCACUCGUGAACGCGCAUUGCGAGGGCUCGGGGGCGGGGCUCGCUGUUCUCCAAUCCGAUUAGUGCUUUGGGUCGGAGGAGCGCUGCGAUUGGUGGCAGCGGGUGAUUUGAAAACAUUUGUGUCGUUAGAAGAGACGAAGAAGAAGAGUCGGACCUGCGGAGUUUAUUUAGAUAAUAAUGUUAAAAACUAAGGUUUAAAUAAGUUGUCGGGUUACGGACUGAGGAGGAGAAAAAUAAACAAUGGAUAUUAACAGUUAUUUACAGCAAUUUGAAGCCACCGUGAGCAGUUAUGUUGGAGAAGAUCCUCUUGAUCCAUGGGAUAAGUUUGUGGAGUUUCUGGAGUGCAGGCUGGCAGCAGAGGAGAGGAGUAAUCUGUGUGUGGUGCUGGAGAGGUUGGUUCAGACGUUUCUGCAGGAUAAACGCUACCGCAAUGACCCCAGAUACAUCAACCACUGCAUCAAAUGUGCGGGGUAUUACGGAGAGCCCAUAAAGCUGUACAGUUAUGUGCACAGUCUGGGUGUGGGGGCUCGGGCAGCAGGGCUGUACGUGGCCUGGGCUCAGCAGUUCGAGAGUAAAGGUCUGUUCACUCAGGCUGAGCAGGUCUACCAGAGAGCCAUCGAGAACCAGGCGGAACCCAUGGACACGAUCCAGGAGCAGUACAGGCUGUUCCAGAGUAGAAUGGGUAAAAGCCAAGCAGCCUCAGAUCAUGUGAGAAAUCCUCUGCAAAAUUCCCAGCUGAUGAAUCAGAAUCCACGCCACAGGGAGACGCUCCAGCCACACUGUAAGGAGCCUGACAACUCCCCACUCCCGGCAGACCGAACUAUUCGCAUAAUCUCUCGUUCUGAGAAUAAUCCAAUGCCCCGGAGCAGCAGCAGUGUGGAGAGUGUGCCGAUGUAUUGCGUGAAGGAGCUGGAGUGUGAAGGUUCUGAACUUUCCUUUGAGGAGCUCAGAGCGCGGCGGUACUUUAGCAAACGCCAACAGCUGGAGCUGCUGAGAAAACAGGAGGAAGUGAUAUGGAAGCAUGAGGAGGAAGAGGAGGAGGUGAUAAGGAUGAAGAAGCUGCUGGAAGAGCUGAACAGCAAACUGAGCACUGAACAACAGGAGACCAAACACACAUUCCUGCAGCAGGAGCUGAAUGAAUCGUGCAGCCCAUUGGACCGGUCAGUAAGACCACCUCUGACCCCAGCCAUGGCUGAAGCUGCAGCUCCAACAUCAGUGACAAAGGAACAGGCUGCCUGUUCAGACAUGCAUAGAUUACAGCAUGCACCAGAGCGCCCUCUGCUUAACGGGAGGAAGUCUGAGUCCCACUUGCUGUGGCAGAGCACAAGGGUUCCAGCUUCCAGACUGAGCCUGUCUCUGAGCGCAGCUUCACAACUUGCACACAGCAGUGCACUCAGUGCAGCUGUGAAUAGGCCAUUGGACCUGGACACACAGGCUCCAGUUCCACUACAGCUGCAAGACCAGAGAACCGCAAGCGUGUGUGAGAGCCAGGCUGAGCGUUCGCUUCUAGAAAGUUGCUCUCAGAGGCUGGCAGUGUUUGAAAGAGACAGAUCUGAAAAAACAGAGAUGGAUGGAGGAGAUGCUAAUGCAGACACAUCUCACGGAGGCUUUAAUCAUUCUCAUGUCACUCCUAACACAUCUCUGGGUCUGAUUUCGGCGACUCCUUCACGUGCACUCCCCUCUCCCACUGUCAACACUCGGGAGGCUCUGGACGUGAUCAUGGACAUGUUCCAGGCUCCAACGCUGCUGCAGGACUCCGUCUUCAAUACUACCAGCCAGGUGGCUGAUGACAGCUUUGAGAAAAACUGCAGAGUAAACGGUUUUGCCCCAUCUGUAGCGAAUCCACCCUCCUCAAUGUCGUUCAGGAUAUACCAGGAUGAAAAUGUGAAGAUUGGAAGUGAGGAACAACAGGUGGAGAAGAGCAAACCAGCAGCUCGAGCCCUGAUGGAGAUUCCGGUCUCCAAACCCAAUGUCACUCCUGUAGGUCCGGAGUCUCUGACAGACGAGAGUGCGAUGUGGGGUCCUCAAUAUGCCUCCAUAACUGCCUGUCCAAAUCAUACUCGUGAUUUUGCCAUGGCUGCCCACCUGGUAUCCACCCCCCUCCACCCCACUGCCCCGUACACCUGGGACACAGAGCUCAAUCAGGUAGAAAACACUGCCAGAGGAUUUAGUGGGACAGAGGAAAACCUGUAUCAGCGCCAGCCAGCCAAACUGAGUCCAAUCCUGGAGCAGAGUCCUUCUGAUGAGAAGCCGUCUGAAGUUCCUGAGUGCAGUCUGAGGGCUCAGGGCACCAUCGUAGGAGAGGGAGUGAGUCUUCCUCAGCAGAACCAGACGCUGACCCACGACCAGACCAGCUGCAGCAUCGGCAGGCAGACGCUGGUCCCCCUGGCUUUACAUGAUCACACUGCCGAGGCCAGCAGAGCCCUCAACUCCAGCACUAAACCUAGCUGGAGUGUCUACCAGAGCCCAGAGAGAACCAGCCAGACAGGUUCUAACACAGAACCUGUGUCCAACAGCAUGCUGUCUGUGAAACAGCAAAUACCUCACCAGCUCAAUUCAUCUAAUCUACAGCUUAAUUCCAGCUCUAGCAUCAAACCCAGCUGGAGCAUCUACCAGAGCCCAGAGAAAACCAGCCAUACGGGCUCGAACAGAGGGCUCAACUCAAGCAGCAUGCUGUCUGUAAGAGAGCCUCAACCGAUCCAAUCCAAUGCAAAUGGCCUACAGAUGAACUCUCUAUCUUGCUCCCUUGCUGAGGCCAGCAAUGCCCUCAACUCCAGUGCCAAACCUAACUGGAGCAUCUACCAGAGCCCAGAGAAAACCAGCCAGACAGAUUGUAACACAGAACCGACCUCUAACAGCAUACUGUCGGUAAAGCAGUACCAAGCAGACCAGUUCAAUUUACCUAGCAUGCAGGCUAACUCCAGCUCCAGCACUAAACCCAGCUGGACCAUCUACCAAAGCCCAGAGAAAUCCCACCAGGCUAGUUUUUGUGCGGAACCCAAACAACACUCAAACAGCAUGCACUUGGCAGUGGGAGAACCCAAACAGGACCAGUUCAGCUCAACUGGCUUGCAGGUUAAUCCAGACAGAACCAUGAACUCCACCACCCAAAGCCCAGAGAGAACCCAAAAGACUCAAUUUAGUGGGGACCUCCACUCAACCAGCAUGCAUUUAGUGGCAGAACCCAAACAAGACCAGCUUAACUCAACUGCCAUUCAGCUGAACUCCAGCUGCAGCACCAAACCCAGCUGGAGUAUUUACCAGAGCCCAGAGAGAACCAGUCAAAUGGGUCACAGCAGGGAGUUCAAGGCAGACCAGCAGGUUAACUCAAACCAAGGGUUCAACUCUUCUAGCCUGCAUUUAAUGGGAGAGCUAAAACCAGACCAACUCAAUUCCUCCAUCAAUAUGUGUUCUGGUCAGGGUGAGGCUGAUAUUCUCUUGCCCAAGAAGUCUUUUCACCGGCGAAAAUCCGAAAAACAGCUGAACUUCGAGAGCCUUCAGGUGAGCCGACCUGUAUCACACCAGUCCUGCACGCUGCCAGAGAGCCCAAAACCACAGCCCAGAAUAAUCCAGGAUGUUCCCAUGAGUCCAGACCCAAUCCCAGGGUCCGACUGGCUUCAGAUGGACAGUCCAGUCCCGCUCUCUGAACCCAACCUGGAUGUGAUGGUCAGGUCAAUGAACAGAUCCCAGACAAUUCACAGAGAAACCCCCGGAGCUCCUGCUUCCAGGUCCAAACUCAGCUGGAGCGUGAACCAGACCCCAGGGAGGCCAUCUGAACUACAGUACGUCCCGCAGAGUCCUGAGCCCAUGGAGGAAUCAGAUCCGCAUCAGUUAUCAAAGCUGGAAGAGUCUGGACUUCUGCUCUCCAAGAGAUCCUUUAACAGGCGCAAAUCGGAUAAGAGGGUAUUGGAGAAAUCCCUCUUGUCGAGUCAGAGGCAGUCCUCCAACCAAAACCAGGAUGUUCCAAUGAGUCCGGAACCAAUUUCGGGGCUGAACUGGCUCUGUCCAGAGAGUCCAGCCCGUGUGACUGAGUCUGAUCUGGACGUCAUGAUGACACCUCAGCAAAAAUCUAAAUCAGUGGAUGCUUCUGCCCAGCUGCUGCAGUGUGAUGUUCCAAUGAGCCCCCUGCAGGCUUCCAUACCUGAUUACACUCCCUCAGUGUUGGUGUCUGACCCGUGGGAUGAGGACCUGAUAGAUUCUUUACUCUCCAGCCUGAAGACGCCCCUCACCUCAUACCCGAACCUCAGCCUCUGCACUCGAGGCCUGCCCACACUCACCCCCAAGAUGUCCGUACAGAUGGGUGAGGACUCUCUGCGGGUGGACUUUGUGUUGGGACAGGGUGCUUUCGCCACCGUUUAUCAGGCUACCAACCUUACAACCUCACAAAAAUUCAUCCUAAAGGUGCAGAAGCCGGCGAACCCAUGGGAGUUUUACAUCAACAGCCAGCUAAAUGCUCGAGUGCUGCGGAAAGAGCGUCACCUGUUCAACCAGCUCCACUCCGCUCACCUGUUCACCAAUGGCAGUGUGCUUGUGGGGGAACUGCACAACUGCGGGACUCUGCUGAGUGUGGUGAAUCUGUAUAAGAGCCGCAGUGAGAAGGUGAUGCCCCAGCCGCUGGUGCUGUACUUCAGCAUGUGUAUCCUGCAGAUGGUGGAGCAGCUGCAUCAAGCCAAAAUCAUCCACGCCGACAUCAAACCUGACAACUUCCUGCUUGGAGAAAGGUUUCUGGAGAACGAGGAUUUGGAUGCUGAGAGUCUGGAUCACGGCUUGGUUCUGAUAGAUUUUGGUCAAAGUAUUGAUAUGACCCUGUUCCCUGAGGGCACGGCCUUCACUGCCCGCUGCAUGACUUCUGGCUUCCAGUGCACAGAGAUGCUGAGUGGCCGGCCGUGGAACUACCAGACUGAUUACUUUGGCAUUGCCGGCACCGUGCACUGCAUGAUCUUCGGGUCAUACAUGCAAGUGAGAAAUGAGGGUGGAGUUUGGAAAACGAAUGGCAUUUUUAAAAGGAAUCCUCACAGUGAUCUAUGGCAGGAGUUUUUCCAUGUGCUGCUGAAUGUUCCGGACUGUAACUCUGCCUUAUGUUUGCGGAGUUUGCGUGAGCAUCUGUCUGUGGUGCUGCAGGAAAACUACAGCAACAAACUGCGCGGCCUUAAAAACCGACUGGUGGUGCAGAUCCUGGAGAGCCGCGGGGCUCGCAGAUAGUUUUCUACCUUCUGUUUUUCUAACUUUUUUUAACUAGUAUUUUAAAUGAGUCCUGCUGUGUUUAUUUUUCCAAACACCAAAAUCUUCAGCUUCUCAGGUGCCACUGUAUUACCUGGAUCAGGUGAAUCCGAUGGAUUGCAUUAGCGGUGGGACUAGAUCAGCCACACCUGAGUGGCGUAAGUGGAUGGAACGAGGAACCAAGGCACUCGGGAGUUAUCUGUAGAAGGAAAAAAACAACAGAACAAUCUUGAAACAAUCUUUUAUCUGCUUUACUGCUUUGAAUGUAAACUGUAAAAAAAGAAGACUGAUUGAUUUUGUUUUGUAAAGAAAAUCAAUAAAGCUAAAAAAAAAAUCACAGUUCCAUUAAA